UAGUGAGGUAAAUGUCUACGGUGCGUUACUGUUCCGAUGGAUGUUGACCUUUACGCUUACUUCGGUCUUAGCGAUGAUUGCACUCCAAAGGAUAUACAAAGAGCAUAUAAACGAAAAGCCAGGGAAGCUCAUCCAGACAAAAACAAGGACAAUCCACUAGCCAAGGAACAAUUUCAGGAGUUAAGUGUCUACUUCGAAAUCCUAUAUGAUCCGGUUAAAAAGAAAGAAUAUGACCGGAAGUGGAAGGCUAAAAAAGAAGCCGCUAAGCGAAUGGAAGCUAUGGAUUCAUCUCGAAGAAAACUUAGGGAAGAGCUUGAAGCCAGAGAAGCUGCUGCAGCAGCUAUGCGCAAAAAACAAUCUGAGGCCACAGCUAAAGAGUUAGCAGCAGAUCAGAUUCGCAGAGAUUGGGAACGUUAUACUGAACAGAUGCAGUGGGAAGCUUUAAAGAAACGAAAGUGUAUGGAUAGUGAAACUGAUAAUAUCGAUUUCAAACCAAAGAAGUCUAGUCAAGCUGUUGUUAGGAUAAAAUGGGCCUAUUCAGAAAACAUUCAAGCCAGUGCUUGUUAUACAGAAUCAUUUCUUAAAACGUGUUUAUCAGAGUUUGGUGAGGUGACAGCAUUUGUAAUUGGCAAACGUGGAACUGCAAUCGCAGAAUUUUCUACCUACAACGAAGCUGAAGAAGCAAUAAAAGCAUCAGAACAAGGAGCAGUUGGCCUUCCAAAUUUACCUUUGCAAUUGUCAUGGUUAUCAAGUCGUAAUACAAAUACUACAAAUGGAAACAAUGACUCAAGCAAAGUUAAGCAUGAGGAACCGAAAAGAAACAUCCCAGUGAGUGAACCAGUUCCUUGUACAAAGUCGAACUUUGAUACCUUUGAACAAGAUAUCCUAUCACGUAUGGCAAACUUUGGACAGUGAAGAAGAAUAGAAGAGAGGAAAAAAAGAAAGGCUGAAUGAAUCACCAUGUAAAAAAUUAUUCUAUAUUUCACUUGUCAGGAAUAUACAUCAACAUCACUAAAGCACUAUUCAUUAUUCUUUUAUAUAUAUACAUAUAUAUAUAUA